AUGGGGGGAAAUCAGACGUCUGUCACAGAGUUCAUCCUACUGGGAUUUCCCCUCAGCCCAGGGAUUCAGAUGGUUCUCUUUGGGCUCUUCUCCCUCUUCUUUGUCUUCACCCUGCUGGGGAAUGGGCUCAUCCUGGGGCUCAUCUGGCUGGACUCCAGACUGCACACCCCCAUGUACUACUUCCUCUCCCACCUGGCCAUCGUCGACAUAGCCUAUGCCUGCAACACCGUGCCCCAGAUGCUGGUGAACCUCCAAAAUCCAGAUAAGCCCAUCUCCUUUGCUGGCUGUGUGACACAGACCUUUCUUUUCUUGACUUUUGCUCAUAUUGAAUGUCUUCUCCUGGUGGUGAUGUCCUAUGAUCGGUAUGUGGCCAUCUGCCACCCCCUCCGGUAUUCUGCCAUCAUGAGCUGGAGGGUCUGCAUCACCCUGACAUUGACUUCCUGGAUUUUAGGAGUCCUCCUGGCUCUAGUACAUCUAGUGUUACUCAUACCAUUGCCCUUCUGUGGACCCCAGAAAGUUAACCACUUUUUCUGUGAAAUUAUAGCUGUCCUUAAGCUUGCCUGUGCAGAUACUCACAUUAAUGAAAUUGUGGUUUUAGCUGGAGCAGUAUCUGUGCUGGUGGGACCAUUCUCCUCAAUUGUGAUGUCUUACAUUCAUAUUCUAUGUGCCAUCCUAAAGAUUCAGUCUGGGGAGGGACGCCAGAAAGCCUUCUCCACCUGCUCAUCCCAUCUCUGUGUGGUUGGACUCUUUUAUGGCACAGCCAUCAUAAUGUAUGUUGGGCCCAGAUAUGGGAACCCCCAGGAGCGGAAGAAAUAUCUCCUCCUGUUUCACAGCCUUUUUAAUCCCAUGCUCAACCCCCUAAUCUAUAGUCUGAGGAACAAAGAAGUCAAAGCUGCUCUGAAGAGGAUGCUUGAAAAAGAGAGAACAUCACGAAAACCUGUAGAAUAA